CACAGUGAUCUCGGACUUUCCUUCAAACCUAAUAAAGCUUGAAUCGCGCCACCAUUUUAGAGCAGAAAGAAUCGCGAGUUCUGACGAUGGCGGAGAUGUUUCAGUUUCACAAGAUUGUUUACGAAGAGCCUUCUUCCAUUUAUGUCAAAGUCUUGUCUGGUUUGACCCUUCUGUUUCUGGGAUUUUUGGGCGUCUCAGAAUUGCUCGGAAACCACCUUAAAUAUUCCAAGUUCUGGAAUUCCAGUCCCAAUUCUGCCUCUCAGGUCAAAGUGUCCAGCGUGCUUGGAAUGUUCAUUUUGUAUGCCCCUGCUUCCCUUGCUGGUCUUGCUUCCUUUGUGAUCUUCCCAGAUGGAGAUUCAAGGUUCUUCAUGGUCAAAUUGGCUGUUACCAUCCAUUUCCUCAAAAGGGUCCUUGAGGUUCUGUUCAUUCACAAAUACAGUGGCGGGAUGAUGUUGGAUUCUGUCAUCAUUAUUUCGUCCAGCUAUCUAUUUGCUGCUGCAGGCGUGAUAUAUAUCCAAUCCCUAACUCAAGGAUUUCCCGAGCCGCCAAUUGAUCUCAAGUAUAUAGGUUUUCUGAUAUUCCUCAUUGGAAUCUCAGGUAACUUCUAUCAUCAUUACCUCCUUUCCAGGAUGAGAGGCAAGAACGAGAAGGGCUACAAAAUCCCGCAAGGUGGACUCUUUGGUUUGGUUAUAUGCCCUCACUAUCUUUUCGAGAUCAUUGCUUUUGUUGGGAUUUCUUUUAUCUCCCAAACGCUCUUUACGUUUUGCUGCACUGUGGGUAUAGCGGUGUACCUAAUGAGUAGGAGUUUUGUCACUAGGAAAUGGUACCUUUCCAAAUUUGAAAACUUCCCCAAGAAUGUAAAGGCUUUGAUACCCUAUGUAUUCUGAUUUGCAGUUGAUACUUCAUAUUUGAAGUUGAAACUAUAAAAGUUCUUAUAAGAUCUGUACUGUCAUUCUCAAAAUAAAAAGAAAGCUGUUGAAUCAUUCUAGCAAAA